GACUCCCGUCUUCAGCUUCGUCCCACAACGCGCAUAUUUAUCCUCACGUCUGCACAUCUCCUUGGUUCACCAGCACAGCUCAUCACCACCGCUAUGCAUCGGACCGCAGCUAUCAUCUCCGAGUCGGUUGUGUCUCUCGCCCGGCGUAGAACGCCCCAUCCACUCCCUUCACCCAUGCGAGGACUCCGCUCGACUCCUCGUCUAGCAGACUUUCAUUUUGACACGCAUCAAUUCGUUCAGCGACUAGAACGCGAGGGGCUGAACCGCGCGCAAGCGGAGGGGAUCAUGGCUGCCAUGGCCGAGGUCAUCGACGAGAGUAUCCGGAACAUGACAAGUAACAUGGUCACGAAGGCUGACCAGGAGAAGUAUCAUUACACACAGCAGGUCGACUUCGCGCAGCUCAAGUCGGAGCUGCAGCUGACGGAGAAGAACGAGCUCGCGAUGGUCAAGGCGGAGAACGACCGGCUCGUAACCGACAUCGAGAAGCUGAGGCAGCGGCUCCGCGAGGAGAUCACGCGAACACAAGCAGGCGUGCGUUUGGAUCUGAACCUGGAGAAGGGAAGGGUGCGCGAGGAGAGCAGCAAGCAGGAGCUGAAGAUGAAGGAGGUCGACACCCGGAUAGAGCAGGAGAUCGCUUCCCUAAGGACGUCAAUACAGGCGUCGAAGGCGACAACACUGCAAUAUCUUGUUGGCUUUGUCACUGGUUGCUCUGCACUACUCAUGGCAUACCUCCGCUUCCGGGUGUAGAGGCACUUAGAGCUCAUUUAUGUAUAGAACGGAUGGAAUGCUAUAAUGCCACAGGUGAGUACCUCCAACGAAGUGUGUAGUCCCCCAAGUCCCAUGUAUAUCACCCGUUCUACCUUUACAGGUGGACAUAAUCUAUGUAUUUUUAUGUUGCUGCAUCUAAAGUUCUUGAUCGAUAUCCCGCUGAUGUGGGAUGCUCCUCCUCGAUUAAUCGUCCAAGAGAGGUAGCCCUCUCCAAAUCAUCAUUGACGAUCACGUAGUCGUGGACGCCCUCCUUUGCAUAAUCGAUCUCUUUCAAGGCAGUCGCCAGUCGUUUCGCGACAGAUGCCUCAGACUCUGUCCCCCGCCCGCGCAGACGUUCUCGCAAAGCCGUCAGGGAUGGCGGCGAGAUGAACAGGUAGACCGGAUU